UGUCCAGUGGGAGAGGACUGUAUCAGUGUUGGUGGAACGUCCCUCUGUGCAGACCCCUGCCUGCACUACACUGUACUGAAUGACGACUGGCGUUCCACCACCAACUACGGUCCAGCUAAUGGCUACCACUGUGACUCGUCUGUCAAGUGGCAGGGCUGGUAUCGCCUGUUCCUGGGGAACACCAGUGUUCAGAUGCCAGAGAGGUGUGUGGAGAAAUACAUGUGUGGGACGGAGAUCCCCUUGUGGCUUCCAUUAGCUCAUCCCCAGCUGUUAGACGGGGUGGUUCAGAGGAGCGUCUGUGGACACUAUUAUUAUGACUGCUGCUACAGGAGGCAAAAUCCCAUCCAUGUCAAAGCCUGCUAUGGAAACUACUAUGUCUACAAGUUUGUCCCUACAACAACAUGCAACAUGGCCUACUGUGCAGAUGUCAACACCACGGUGUGUUCCACAUGUGGAGUGUUUGAUGCCUGUGUGAGAGACAAUGAGACCACCUGGAGAUGUGAGAGGAAAGCUCCAGAGCUGGUGUGUGGGCGGAGCCUCCUGAAGGUGGGCCUUCCAAACGUUUACCUGGAGGCUGCUGGUCUGGAUGCUUCCUCUGCCCACCUGGCUGACGGACGCUGCUCCGCCCACGAGGAUCGUAACGGCUCAGUGUGGUACCAGGUGGAGCGACGGGAGGGACACUGUGGAAACACUCUGGAGACAAACACCACCCAUGCUGUCUACUCCAACAGCUUAUUAGUUUAUCCAGUAGAUGGGAGGAACGGCUCCCGACCCUUCGGCUUUCCCUUCUCCUGUGUCUAUCCUCUGGAGACAGAGAGCAGUCUGGAUGUGGCCAUCAGACCUCUCCCACUAACUGAACAUAAAGUUGUCCGAGUCGGUGCCAAGGCCAAGGCCUCCAUGUCUCUGUACCGCGACUCCAACUACACACAGCCUUACCCAGCUGGUCAGCCAGUCACCCUGAUUGCGGGUUCCUCCCUGCACGUGGGCGUGUCCGUAGAGGAGUCCGAGGCAGAACGUUUUGUUGUUGUUCUGGAAGACUGCUACACCACGGAAUCCCCCAGCCCUGAUAAUCUUCCACGGACCUACAUGAUUCAGGACAGGUGUCCUACAAAUCGCACCCAGGUGACAGUGGAGGAAAGUGGCUCGUCCCUCAGGGCUUCGUUCUCUGCUCUACUGCAGGGGGAAUACCGUUACAUCUUCCUGCACUGCAGCCUCAGCCUGUGUGACCAGGGGAUCUCCUCCUGCACUCCAGUGUGUUCCAGGAGGAGAUCCCGCUCUGUGUCCAAGUCCAUCCUCCUCAAGCCGCUCACCAUCGGGCCAAUCACCUGGGCCCAGAGCCUGGAGUGAGCCUUGGGAACCCCCCACCCCACCCCACCCCCCAGGGGCCCAGAGUCUGGAGUGAGCAUUGGGAGCCCCCCGCAUGUCAUAUGAAGGAUGGGGUCCCUCCUGCACUAAUCCCCUGAUCUCCAUCCCAACCUACAGCCCAGUGUAACUUUCAAGGGCACAGAAAUACUUGUUUUGAUUCUAGUAAUGAAUUUAUGCACUACAGUGUGAUUUCAUUGUACUGUGUAUGUUGUAUACACAUAGACUUG